UAGGCGGCGUCGCGCGCGGAUCAUUUUGCUAUUUGCUGCUCAGUUUUUGCUGUUCUGGAAGAAAUAACAAACCCGCGGAAGAAGCCAAUAAGUGUAGUGAAUAGUAAUCAAACGAGCGCGGCGUCGCGCAUUAACUCAGUUACAAUUAACCGGAUUACAAUGCUCCAGUUGGCUCUCGAAUUUUGAAAAGCUGGUCGAAGUCCACAGACAGCCUGAGUUGGCUGCCAUGAUGCGAUACUCGGAAAUCUCACGCGACCUGUCCACGGAUAAUCUGCGCUACUCAGAGCUAAGCAGAAAAGCCACCACGGACUAUAAUGGAUACACGGGUCAGGCCUAUGCACCGACUCAAUUCAAGCAGAGCUCACCUCCUCCGCAACAGCAGCAGCCAACUCGGCUGGCCAAACAACGAAGUCCAAACAGCAACGGAAAUGCCCAUACCAUGGCCUGUUUGCGACAGGAGAAGACCCAAAAGGAUCACCAGAUGGAACCGCCCAUGACGCAACCGCAAACCAGCAAAACCCUGAAUAUCAAGAGCACUCGUCGCAAGAACUCCAUCGGUUGUCUAAACAGUUUCUCCUCUUCGCCAGACUCGCCGGGCUGCUACUAUACCAUAGCAGCCUCGGCAGCACCGCCGUCCAAAUCGCAAAGUUUGCCAGCCCACGCCUCCAUCAAGCAGUUGGAUGCGGUUAUCAUGAGCGCGUUACGUGUACCCGCCGACGUGUUGGCCAACCAGAUAACGCUACUGGAUUUUCCGGUCUUCGGCCAGAUUCAACCAGAUGAACUGAGCAGUUGUGCCUGGACGAAAAAGGACAAGCAUGUCAACACCCCUAAUAUUGUGGCAUUUACAAAACGAUUUAACCACACGAGCUUUUGGACAGUGCAGGAAAUAUUGAAUGCCGAGCAACCGAAGCAGAGAGCUGAAAUAAUGACGCACUUUAUCAAGGUGGCUAAAAAGCUCCAUGAGCUCAACAAUCUGCACUCGCUGUUUGCCAUUAUUUCGGCCAUGCAAAGCGCCAGCAUUUACCGCUUGACAAAAACCUGGGCUUGCCUAUCGAAAAAGGAUCGCCAGUCCUUCGAGAGACUCAGCGAUAUAUUUAGCGACCAGGACAACUGGGCCAAUCUGCGUUCCUACCUUGAAAGCCUGCGCCUGCCCUGCAUCCCCUAUCUGGGUCUCUUUCUCACCGAUCUGAUCUACAUUGAUUUGGCCCAUCCGCACAAGGGAGGAUUGGAGCCGGAGCAGCGCCGAAAUAAGAUGAACAAUAUACUGCGGGUUAUUUCGAACUAUCAGCAGUCGGACUACAAGCAUCUACAGAAGCAUGAGGCCACACAAAAGUAUCUGACAUCCAUAAGAUACAUAGAGGAAUUGCAGAAUAUAUUCGAAGAGGAUCAGUACAAGCGAUCUCUGAAUCUUGAGCCUGCGUCGCCCUCUGGACCCAGUUCAUCGUCUUGCAGUUCGAAGGAAUCUUUCAACGUGGAGGCAGUAACUCCGGCUUUGGGCUGUGUGAAUCUCUCGCCGGCCAAGACCAUUGGCUCCAUGCGCAUGGCCAGCGGCACCAAGUUUGUGCCGGGUCAUCGCAAGUGUCGCAGUCUGGGCACCAAAUUUCGCAGCAGCAGCCUGCCGCGAAACUUUGCCGAGAAGUGCCAAUGUUGCAUCGUGAUGAUUGCGCCGGGCAUUGGCACCAUCUCCAACAAGCGUUGCAGAUGCCGUCGCAUUUUUGGCAAGAUCGCGCUGCACAGCCACGGCGAUGGGCAUCCUCACCACCUGCACCUGGAACUGGAUCCCAGUCAAGUGCAGCCUCGCCACCACCUCUUAGAUGAUUCGGUUCUGGAACAGAGCGACCCCUUAUCCCAGGCGGAUCUCACAUCCUUGGAAAGUGCCGAGGGAAUUAUGUGUGAUUUUACCGGCAGUGAUUGCGAUUUGAUGUCUCCGGAGGCAGCGGCCGCCAUGCAGGGAUGUGUCCGUCGGAAAACGGUCCAGAAGGAGGGUAGGAAGCCGGCAGUGGCCUCUUGGCAGCGAUACUGGCUACAGAUCUGGGAAAACUCGCUGCUGUAUUUCCAACCAAAGUCCUUCAAGGGCAGUGAGCGCAGCGACUUCAAGCGGGAGCCGUGUAAAGUGUGUCCUUUGGAUGGAUGGUAUGCCCAUGUCAGCGAUAAUACCAAGCACAAGAACACCUUUGAGCUGAGCCACCGGUCCUCGGGCACCGUUUAUCGCUUCCGCACGGACAGCCCGCAGAUGACGCACCUAUGGUCGAACGCCAUUUGCAAACUGGCCACCAUGCGAGUGCCCAGGCCUUUGCCCACCAACCUGAUGUCCUUCGAAUGAGCAGGGCCCCCCAAGAACAUACAGGAACUCGAAUAUAUUGUACUCAUCGUAGCCUAGUAUACCUAGUUUAGUUAGCUUAAUCCCUUGAAACGUGCACAGCCAAAAAAAACACCCACCAAACCACUCACUCACUCCCUGAAACGAGGCAACCACAGAACAUUCCCACAACCACAACGAACGAACAAAUGGAAGCCUGCAAAUAGAUGAAUCGAUUUCUACAUGGUAUUUCAAAAGACUGACACCGAAGGAGAAUCCGAGGAGAAAGUAGAGGAGGAGCAGUACCGGAGGAAAAGCCACACAAUCACACAACAACAGACUAAACCGACAACGCACGGGAAUUAGAAUCCCAAAUAUGUAACGGCCCUGUUCUUAAAGUCCAAUUUUAUUCGAAUUUGGCGGAAACGGAGUUGAUAAAAUGGGACGUCAUCGAAUAAACAUUUUUUAUAAGCUUGUCCUCAAUGACUCAGAGUUGAGAGUGUUGUUUUCAACUCCCAAUCCACCAAAUUCCGCAACAGGGCUGUAUAUUUAAUAAUGUGCUUUCCUUGCUGUAUUUUGUAUAUGUAAAAUUUAAUAUUAAGGAAAUUACUUUGACAUUUACUCAAUUUAAUUUCGCGAUAAUCGUGCCAUAUUAGUUCUAAAUUUAUGUUCACACAACGAUUGUUGGCCAGCAAACGAAUCCGAAUUCGCUUUGCCCAACGCCUAACUUUGCAACAAAGAAUCAAAAAUCAAACGAACUUUCUACGCGUAACUAAGGGCUUUAAUAUUGUAUCGCUACCACUAUCAUGAUCAACAUCAGUUAAUCUGUAUAUCUGCCUUAAGUUGAUGCACUCUAGACAUAACCAGAGCUAUAGAAAACAUAAGUAUCCCGUAAUAUGCAUGCGUGAAUUGUAGGAAACGAAAGUAAUGUGUUAGUGUUUCUGUUUUUUUUUCUGUUGAGACGGCCUCAUGAAUUGUAACUCCUAAGCUUUGUCACACAUACAGAUUAUCAUUUGCAGCGAUUUUACAUUAGUUUAAGAAAGAAAUGCAACAAAAACAAAAUAAACCACAAAACGAAAGAAA